GGCUCCAUCGCUCUCCUCGGGGGCCCUGUGUGUGUGCGUAUGUGUGUGUGACAGGGGAAGAAGAAAAAAAGGAAAAGGGGAGAGAAACGGAGAAAGAGAGAGAGAUCUGGGUUGCAGUCUGACCAGGUCUGAACACGGAACCAGGAGCAUACUAUAACUCCACGGAUUGUUUCUUUUCUGACUCCGGCGCGCGCACAAGGAUAUUUUGGGAUUGCAAAAAAAAAAAAAAAAAAAGAGUGCGCUGGAAUAGUGGGAAACAACCGGAAUGGUGAAUUCUGUGAGGAAUUGUCUGUGGAUUUUAUGCGCCGAGGAGCAGCUUCAUUCAUGUCACCAGACCCGCUGUUGAAGAGUGGAUUUGAAUGUUUCAAAGUCCGAAAACAUUUGGGAGCGUGCGACUGGUAGCCUUUAUUUUUUUGCAUGGGAUUUUGGCAACAAAUGUCUUUUGCUAGUUCAAAUCCGUACUGCAUUUAAAAACUAAAACGUAUCACACUGUAGCUCCACUUUCCAAACAUUUUUCACAUGUAGGCUACUUGACAGCGUUCUUCAAAAAUGAAUACGUUUCUGUGUAGCCUUGCGGUUGUUUGAUGUUUUUUGUUUUUUAAUGCAAUAUAACAUUGUGCCUUCAAAACUAAUGUGGUUUUGCCACCAAUAUACGGUGCUCGGCUGUGCACGCGCUGCACGGCAUUCGGCCAACAUUAAUGUUGCACGAGCUCAGAAAUAGUUUCAUCAAAUCGCUAAGAUCUGAACGUAAAUAACUCAUCUAGAGUUUCAAGUUGUCGUAUGUUCAGGACGAAACGCUCAGGUCUUGUGCGGCGACUCUGGAGAAGCCGUUUGAUUCCAGAUAAAGAGGGGGGCGAUGGAUAUGGCAAGAGCGGCGAGGGGUCUCGAGACGAUCUGCUUGGCUCCAACCCAGAGAAAAUUCCCAAGACGGAGUUCAGACCGAUGACCCCGAGCGGGUCGCCUGGCGUGGACUAUGGGCAAAUGUGUACAAGGGGUCCCACUGCAAGCAGCGGUGGUGGCACCUCAGGGGGCGUUUUGGACCAAGAUGGGGGUACGGUGUGUAGGGUGGGAAGCCCUGGGUCUGUGCAGGACAGCGAUUGUAGAACAGUCACUUGCUGUUUAUUUAAAGAUCGGGACCAUGAUUCUGGAUCUAGAAGCCCGGAGCCAGGCUCGUGCCAGUUCGUGCUGAGGAACAUUGGUUCUUCUCGGGACCCCGGUCUUCUUGAGAGCCAGGAGACGAAACCUCGCUCCGUCAUGGAGCAGGAGCUCAAGACCGCCACCUAUUCGCUGUUAAAAAGGCUAAAGGAGAAAACCUUGGAUACUUUGUUGGAAGCCGUGGAGUCCAAAGGAGGGAUGCCGAGCGACUGUGUGAUGGUAUCGCGGACCGAGUUGCGGUUAGGCGGCCAUAUGGCUCCUCCACAGCUGUUCAUCUGUAAGCUUUACCGGUGGUCAGACCUGCAGCACACGGCCCAGCUUAAAGCGCUCUGUGAGUGCAAGAGCUUCGGAGCUCAGGACGGUGCGGUAGUGUGCUGCAAUCCAUAUCAUUAUAGCCGACUCUGUGGGCCAGAGUCACCCCCUCCUCCAUACUCAAGACUUUCCCCCAGCGAAGAACACAAGCCACUGGAUCUGUCAGAUUCUACACUGUCUUACACUGAAACAGAGGCUGCCAGCUCGCCUAAUGUCACCCAAGGGGAAUUCUCAGGUGAGUUUUCUUAUUUUAAAUAUUUCUGCUCUAAAAUGUUGAGUUGCUCUGUUUUAAAUCUUCAUGUCAGCAUGGCCUGUGAUACCAUUGUCAGACUUGCUGCUGUUAUUUCCAGUCCCGGAGAGCUCAUGUGGUAACAUCUUUGUUCAAACAAAAUCUGUGAUGGUGAGCUUGCACCAGAUAUUUACAUUUUCCCCUCUUUCUGCAAAAGAGAGCAGUGAGUAUGCAGAGGGUGUUUUACAUUUUAGUUGUCAUAUAAAUCUCAAAGUUUGGCAGGAAGUUUUUCCAGUGGCAUAGUUUUGCAUACGUUUUAAGGGCCAGGAAGGGGUUAAGUGCUCAGUAAAAGUCUAAAAUGCAAAGAAAACAGCAAAGCAUACCUUCCGCUGUCCUAAGUUCUGCGGGUUCCUAUGGAGUGUGUUUGAAUAAAUGAGCAAACUUUGCAGGUAAUUUGGUUUUUAUGUUGUGCUUUGCUCCUCCUCAUUUAAAGGCCAUUAGGAUUGGAGAGAGUGUGGUCGAGAUAAAGCUCUCAUUGUGAGCCCAGCAGAGGUUCAGUGGGCCGUGUUGGCUGGCCAUAGAGCCUGCCUCCCCUCCUCUGUUUUCUUUCAGAAAUAUUUGAGUGGGAUCAAACUGUAAUAAGAUCCAAGCUCGCAGGGAUACACACACACUCUAGCACACCGAGUCACGUUAUACGCUUUGCACACAACAGCGCAUAUCGGAACACGCACACACAAAAGCACAUAUCAGCUUUUACAGCUCUAUCUUGACCGGAGUGCGCUUUUUUCCAUUGCUGUGAAAGGGCCACACUGAGAGAAAAGAGGAGAAACAGUCUUGUGUCAUGAUUUGAGAUGAAACACUCCCCUCUUAUGGAAUGAAAUCAACAUGCUUCUCUCAUAAAACUGGAACCAGACCAUGCAUGCGUAGGAUCAUGGCCACAGAGACAAAAAGGCUAAGGCCUUGUUUUGCAGUGCUAGAAAUAGCAGUCAAAGAGAGCGGGUCAAUCCGCCCCCUUUCCCAGAAGGAGCUACCUGAGCUUGUGGCUUCAUGCACCCUGUCACCACCACUUCACAGGCUGGCGACACUCCUUGUGCAAACAAAUGAUGUUUCAAAUGCUUGCUUAGAUUUUUUUUCUCUGGAUUGGUUUCGUGUGAACCAUGACUUGCUUGUAGGUUCAUAGUCAGGCCUUUUUAGCCUGCAUGGAUGCAGGAUCGUUUUUAACUAGAUAUGUUUAUUAUUGUCAUAUACUGACAUAAAAGAAAAAAAUAUCACACGCAUAUGGUACCAUAUUGGUUA